AUGCCUAGCUUCCUCGGGCAUUUCCUUGGCUUCUCCUUUCGGACGGAACUGUUGAUAAUGAACCUCGUGGGCUUGAUUAACAGCACGUUGGACUGGAGCCCGUUAAAAUGGACAAACGAACUCGAACGUAUUUCAAAUUUAUCUUUAUCCCAAAGUGCACUGAUUCUUGAUACCAUCGGCGAGGACACGAUCAAAACUGUUUUAUCGUGGAUCGUAAUAACGCGAAUCGUAAUUGCCCACGUUUACACGUUCACGUACGUGACGAACAUUUACCCUGUAAUAACAUGGAGCAGACCGAACUUACUGCUACCCUGGUUGAUACUGAGCUUCUUCAAGAACGUCGUUCUCGAGGUGAUCGUGAUCGUGAUCGGUCUUCUACUUUGGUACGAGAGCCGAUUCUCGAUCUUCGUGUUCCUCGAGUUCAUCUUCGUGAAACUUGUGCCUCUGCUUAUGGCUACUUACAACUGGUACUCGAACUCUUGCUUGUUCCUGCAACUGCGUCACACGGAGAAAACGCGGAAACUGAAGCGAUCCAUGCGAAGCGACACCAAUUUGCUCGCCACUCGUCUCUACACGAUGCUCGAGGACUCCAAGUACAGAACGAGGUCCUUGACCACCUUGUUGUCCUGCGAGAGCCAUGAAACUUACGACACGCAAGACACCAUUUUGCACAUCAUCGAUGACUCCGAUCUGACGCCGGUUCAGAAAACGAUGAAGCUCCUUGGACUGAACGAACGCGACAUCGAGGAUGCACGGAUCAGGGUUCGAGAAAGAGCGGCGCAUAGAAGAUUGACGGAACUGGACGACGAAUCCGUUAUCGGAUUCGCUAAACGCGAUACGGAUAGGCUCCUUAACUCGAACAACCGAUACUCGCAACUGGCAAUCAACGACGAACCUCUAAAUAUGGAAACGGAUUCGAGACGAGGAAAGGAGACGAUCGGCAGGUCGGCUCAGAAACAAAUCAGACGAAGCGCGGAGAAGUGCUGCAGUCCCGUAAAGUUGCAAACUCUGUUCAACUGCAAUUGCUCGUUGGCCGAUCGCACCUUCGACGGGAAAGGCUGUUGCGAGAUGAACGAUAUCGCGUUGAGGACUUCGACGCCGAAGAGCAACGUCGACGACGCGAGCAUCGACGCGAACGCGGAUCAGAAUUUCGUUCGGAAGACGUUCGAUCAGCCGUACGUGUACUCGUUCAACGUCACCAACGUCAAGACAGAUUUCCUGAUGAGCAACAGCUUGCCAGCGAUCGAGAAUUUGCUACAGAGUAACCUGAAGAUGUUCAAGAACGAGAGCUUGGAUAAUAAUCUGCUUAGGAAGGACGUGCCCGUGCAGAAGGUACUCAAAGAAGGUAUUCAAGACGAUGUACGGGAUCUUUCGGAGAUCGUGCACAAUUUACCAGCGACGAAUAAAGCAAUACGCGUUGAAUCAACCAACACGACCGAACGAGAAACCGUGAUCGUUUCGAAAGCUUCUACGGACGAUGACGUACAAGAUCUCGUAGAAAAGUCCGAGUUGCAAGUUCGCGCGUCGGAGCUGGACGAAGACGACUCGAAACUCAAAUCGUUCGAACACUCUUCCAUAGGUACGAACAUCUCGAGGUUCUACAAAGACUCGAUGAUGGUUUUCGAUGGUUGCUACGAGAAGGAUUUCGCCAACAAUUCGGAGCUGCAAUGUUUACUUAGGCAGCUGGAGAAAAAGAAGUGGGACGUGUUUGCUGGUGAAACUAAUCUCGAAACGUUGCGCGCCGCCACGUUUCCCGAACAAAAUAAAUCAGUCCGGAAAAUGGACAAGUACGAGGAAAUUGAGAGAUAUCAAGCACCGGUAUCGACCGCUGCUUUGACAACUAAUCCGAAGGAAGACCGUUUCUUAAUACCCCCAGAGGUGCAAGCGAAUCGGGAAUCUGGAAACGAGACGCGUCAGAAAUCGAGGAAGGUUCCACCUGUCGAUUCCACCAAGUCGAUAAGAAACGUUUGCACGCAGACGGAGACGGAGACGGAGACGGAGAUGGAGAUGGAAACGAAUGGUUCCAGAACCAGUCUUACGGAGAAAAAGAAACGCAACAGAAUGUUCUAUGUACGCAAACGUUUCAACGAUCAAACCAGGAGCGUCUCUCCGGCCAGCAACGCGAAAUUUCCCGCGAAGAAAAUAAAUUCUCGUUUCUCGGUUUCGACGAACGGCGGCGCCGCCAACAAGUCUCCGAGCGCGUCAGCGCGUCAGAAACUCGGGAAAUCGGCGUCCGACGACAGCAGUAAGAAGCUCGAUCCGGUGAAAUCGUCGUCGAACAAGAGCGUUUGCGAUUGCAAAAUGCAGAAACUGGAGGCCAAGUACUGCGGUUCCUCCUCCGAGUCGCGUUUCGACAAGAAGAACGAGCCGAACCGAAAGUUCUCUGGGAAGCAGCCCAAGGUCGACAGCUUCAGGACGCUUCCUCUGGGGUACACGGAUCGGCAACCGGAAACGGAGGCGGAAGCGAGCACGUAUCGCAGGAAGCCUCCGGUGUAUCCGAGGAGGAGCAAAAGGGAAGCCCAGAGCGUAUCGAGCGUCGUCGUCGCGCCGGCGAAAAUUCCACCGACCAACAAGAUGGAAUCGUUCGAGUCGAAACGUUCGUGCAACAACGGCUCGAAAGCGUUCAAGUCGAGGUAUCGAGCGAGAUCGAUCACGGAGGAGCUGCACGCCCAAGAGAUGAGGAUUCUGAAGGCCUACAACGAGGUCACUUUGCUAAAAGACAAAAAGGAACUCGAGGCGAAGAGGAGACUGUCGUCCGGCAGAGAUUCCGAGGUCUCCAAGAGCCAUCCUCGCGCCAGCAACCGGAACUCUGAUAGUUCCGGAAAAGGUACCGUCGACGACGCGAACGCGCUCUACGAUGACUACUUGAACAAGGAAAAUUUGCUACUCGAUACGACGACGACGACGACGACGGAAAUGGAGCCAUUGAACAGCCAUUCGUACUCGAGGUUCCCCAAGAUCGAUUCGAACGUCGCGUCGGCGAAAACCGCGCGCAACAACUUUGACAGGCUGCGCGUCAGCCAGACCGGUCAGAACAUCAAGAAAGAGAAACCGGCCACCGAGUCGGAUAACAGGAAGCGAUACACCAAGUACAGCAGGCCUAAGAAGCUGGACGACCAAGGGAACGUUUCGAUAACCUCCAGCAAGAAGCUGGAGGGCACGCAGAAGGGCCGUGACCUAGACAGGACUCCCGCUAGAGAGGAUGUGAGAGAUGAAACGGCUUCGUCCCAAGUACCAUUUGUCGGAGGUCUGAUCUAUGGGCUUCCGUCUCGGAAAUAUCUCACGGACAUUGUCGAAUCUUUGGCGAAAUACGACCGUACGACUGGACUAUCGACCUCUGAGAAUCCAACGAUCCCUCAAGUGCGAGACGACGAGGACUCGUUGAUGACUAUAGUAAAGGGAACCGUGAACGAAGGUAUCGUCUCUAGUUCGUCGUCGAGUAUCAUGGAUCGUGAAAAAGAAAUUGAGGCUGUGUUGGAAGAAUGUGGAAACCAAGUCGAAGACCAAGCGCAAACGAUACCGGAAACCGACCAAGACGUCGCAGAGCCUCCAGCCCCGGUUGGCUCUCCCUGGCCGGUGGACGUCCAAGAAAAUACUGAAACUCGAGCGGAAGUUGAGGAGAAUAGUAGAAACCAGAGAACCGAAUACCCGCGAAACGAGCCCUAUGAGACGUACAGGAGGUCGUCGCCGGACAUGACGGACUUUGUCAGGAAUAUCGACGUGACUUCUUUGGUACACGGCGUCGUCCUGGCCAAUACGAACGCGCAAGGAAGAAAGAGUCGUCAAUACGACAUCGUCGACGACACAACGGCCAAGAUGGUUCACGAUGCGUUCUCGUACAAGUCCAUGGACUCGCUUCUGGACUUCCCUGACGACAUCGUGGCCAUGGAGAACGUUAUAAACAACAGCCACUUGGAGUCGUCCAGCGACGAGUUUGUUUGUCGGUUGAGCAACGAGUUCGCCGAGGAUCGGCUGAUCUCUCAACAACAUAACCAAUUGGAACAAGCUAUAAUGGCUACUAUUCGCGAGUCACAGGACGAGAAUCAGACCAAUGACGACUACAGCCUCUGCAUCAUCGCUAUCGACUCCGACAACCUGCCAGACAUCCCCGAAUUAGAGAUCGUCGACGAUUACGAUCACGUGGAAGGAUUAGACCAAGCCCAACAUCGGGCAGACGAUGUCCUCACGAGUCUGACGGAGGUCCUAGGGAAUAUAAAUAUCGCUGGACUUAACCUGGACGCGAUCGCCGCCAUGAAGCUCGAACUUUUGCAAAAGAUUUUAAACGUAGACGCGAAGGAAGAGAACGAAGAAUGCUCGGAGGAGGAGGAGGAGGAGGAGGAUGAGGAUGAUGAACCGGCCUUUCGAAUCAUCGAGAAAGAUAUUUGCACGAAUAUUAAGUUUCCGAUUAUGGUCAAGAUGUCGGAUUGGAUUUCAGGUGUGCCGGAUAUCGAGAAUUUUAAAUCUCGGCGAUCGAUUGCUUCGAUCGGUUACGUUCAAUCGAUUCGGUUCCCUUUGGUUCAAGCUACAGAGUCGAAAGAGGUCAAAGAGGAGACGAUCGACGCGGAACAUUCUGGCGAAAGACCCGAAGAGGAAACCGAGGAGCUCAACAGUUUGAAGAAGUUUGUACGAUCGAUGUUUGCGACGACGUUCGAUAUUUUGCGCAAGUCUUCGACGGAAAAUGUUUCGGAUAGCGAAGAAUCGUCCACGUGCGAUGCUUCUGCGAAAUCUUUCGACAAUUCGAAGCUUCGUUCGACGAUCGAAUCGUCAAAAUUCGAUGCAGAUCGAACACGAGCUGAUCCUCGUAGCGGUCCUUGGACCGGUGGUCCUCGGAAAGGUUUCAACGAGACGUUCGAAAUAAUAAAUGUUGAAGAUCCGAUCGAAUGGAGCGAAGAAAUCGACCAAAGCGUUCCCAGGUUGGGAAAGAAUCAAGGGGAAAUUGCAGAAAUUGGAGAAAUUGAACGCGUGGACGAACAAAUUUUCGAAGAUUGCCUCGAUAUGGAAGAACUGUCGGAACUGGAGGAACUGGAGGACCUGAUCGCCGAACAAGGGAGCGAAAACAACGAGAGUGUUGAGAAACCUGACGUACAAGUUGACAACAUCGUUGCGCUCAAAGAGGAAAUAUCUCUCAAGAUCGUGCUCUCCUUCUGGUUGAUCGUCCUCUACUUUUACAUACGAUAUUUUUAUCUCAAGAUUUACUCUCUGGCACAGAUUUCGAGAUCGACGUCGACGCUGAAGCCGUUCGAGGUCCACGCAGCGUCUACGUCGACGUCGACGCUUCUCGAGAACGCGAAACUCGCUGAAAGGAUCAGAGAAGAAAGUCUGCCGAAAGAGGACGAAGGAAACGAAUCGUUCGAGAGAUCCACCGACCUCGAGGACAUCGACAUUUCUACCUUUAUCGAACAACAGCUUGAAACGGUUCCAAGUUUAACGCUCGACGGAACGUUUUCGGGAAACGUAGGCUCCUCCGAGAGGGAACACGUUCUCGAAGAAAUAAGGGAGGUUGAGAAAACGAUAAUAAGUUUGAGAGAAUGCGUUGCAGAGAUGAUCGAGGGAUCGUUGUUUUCCAAGUCUGUUGCCGAGAACUUGGAACGACGCGAUAUCGUCCAAACGAGCGACAAUGAUUUUAGUAGCGCGAAGGAGUCUAGUGCCAUUGCAACCAACACUCGAUUCUCUAUUAUCGAGUUGGAGGACCAAGAUUUGAUAGAAUUGCACGCACCCGAAGGGAACAUUGAAACUUUUCGAUUUAAAGAAAUCGAUCGGUCCGGUUCGUCUGGAUCUCUGUUAGGGGAUACUCGAGAGGAACCGUCUGAAAAUAGUAAAUUAAACGAUCGUGAUGCGGAAGCGAGGAUCGACAAAGAGGGACCACGCACGGAACAGAUUGAGAAUUACGGCCGAGGAGAAAACGAGAGAGGUGACGAGAUAUGGAAUCUCAGGGACGCGAUAGACGUAAAUCAGCGAGUAUCGACGGAUCAAAAUGUCGAAGAAGCUAAAUCCGUUGAAAAGGACGAGCCUGUAAAUUUCGAAACCACUCUGGAAGAAAUGGACAGCUUCGAUUCGGCUUACACGAUGUUUUCCGAAACGUCGCAGCGCGUAAACUCCUACGCAGAUUUCUAUUCCACGAUGGAAGAAUUUUCAGUCGCUUCGGACACGGCCGACAAACACACUUGA